CAAAUUUGAAAUUUAAAUAACAAAUUUAAGAGACAUGUGCAAUCGGCUAGAACGUGUGCAUACAACUUUAAAUAAAACAAAAUAAAUAACAAUGUAUAGAGUUUCAAUAUAUUCUCUAUUUCCCCGUAAAAAUGUGUCUAGUUAAAAAAAAACUAGAACGUUAUUUCGUGUACAUUUCGGUUUUGAUUAUUUUUUAAAAUUUUUUUUCGUGUUGUCUUUACUCUUUCCUAAAUUUGACCCGAUUUCAAUUUGGAUUUCAACAAGAACCUAAAACAUAAAACAAAAACGAAAACAAAACGAAAGAAUGCAUAUCUGUGAAAGGAAACAGAAAAAAGGAGAACGACAUAAAGUGAAGUAAAAUAAAUUUAUUACAACUCAAAAUAUUUUAAAUCGAUUUUUUUCACGUGAUUUUUUUGUGUGUGUACAAAAGUCUUUCUUUGUGAAUGAAAUAAUACGUGUGAUACAGUUAAAUAAAUAAAAUAAAUAAAAAGCAAAAUUCAAAUAAAACAGUGUGUGUUGUCAUAAUGACAGAAACAAAACAAUAAACGCAGCGACAAAAGGCGAUAAAACAGCAGCGAAAAAUGAAAGGCAACCAACGACGGGAAAACUUUAAGCAAUUAAACAAAAUUUAGACCCAUAUAAAAUACAUUUCAACUGGCUAAAUCCAGAUAAGCGAAGCAACAAAAAAUAAUUUAAAAGAUUCUCAAAACAAUCAAAAAACAAAAAAAGCACAAGCAAAAACGAAACGAAAUUCAAAACGAACACAUUUGUGGUGUUUAAUAUUUAUUUAUAUGCUAAUUUAUUUUUACAAUAAUUUGGUAUUAACCCACAAACCAAUAAUAACAACAACAGAAAUCGGGUGAAAGAUAAAAAAGAAGCCGAAAAAAAAAAACCAAAAGCACGCUCAUCUUCUUUAACAUCUUUGUUUUGGGAUAUAAAACAGCAAAAAUUAACCCCAACGCCCAACAAAAAACCACCGAAAAUAAAAAUAUAUUGUGCAUCCUGCAAAAAGAUUGUCGUCCAGAUUGGAAAGGACUUUUUUGACACUGCCUACCGCCCACUUCAUAUAUCAUUUGUCUUUAUGUGGCCUGAUUUGGGCGCUUGGCAGGAAUAAGCGAUCGAUUCCGGAGCAAUGGCACCGCCCCACUGCCUGUUGGUGGUCCUGGCGCUAACGGUCUUUUUGGGGGCCAACAACGGCCUGCCGAUCACCUCGCGACCCAUCGAGGGCAACGUGCAGCGGAUGGUGUGGGAGGAUUGGGUCAGCCUGGACCCCGAGCAGCGGAAUCUCACCAAGGAGAAGAAGGUGACGGCCAAGUCGAUAUUCACGCUGCCCUUUCGCCACUGUCCGCCGGGUCACACGCUGUACAACCAGCUCUGCAUCCCGCAGUCCAACAUCGAUCCCACGGACCUCAUCAAACAGGAACUAAUACUGGCCGGCUCCUCGAACGGCAAUCCCCCACCGCCGCCCAUCGGCGAUUACGACUAUGGCGAUGACAUGGAUAGCGAGGAGAUCGUCUACGAUCUGUCUGUCAUACCAACUGCCAUGCAAGAUGGUGUGGCGCCCAACGCAGGGCCAGAGGAUCAGGCGCUGCCCAGCGAGGAUGCACCCCUAAAGUUCAAUAUAUUCGAGAAGAAAUUCCCCACUGGCACGGGCACGAACAUGGGCACGGGUGAGCCCGAGGAGCUGCCACUGCCGCCGGACAUGGUGGCAGCAACACAUGCAAGUAGCAGCAGUAGCAGCAGCAGCAGCACCACAGCAGCAACAUCUACCAGCACGAUGGCGACGACAACCACGACGACAGCCGCCCCUGCGGGUAAUGCUGCCGGCUAUCGUAAUGCUGGCGGGGAUUUGCAGGCCGCUCCCAGCAAUUCGCUGUCCACAACGACAACAGUGGCCCAUGGCAACAGCAACACCAGCAACACCAGCAACACCAGCAACACCAGCAACACCAGCAACGCCAGCAACACCAGCGAUUUUGGCCAAGUGGAGGCCAUUGUGCUGCCGGCGGGUCAGGCGCAGGAUGGCUCUGUGCAGCUGGUGACCAGUUCCCUCACCGAUGACCCCGAUGACUCAUUUACCACCGCGAACGCCAAUGCGAAUGCGGAGGCCGAUCUGGCCCAGCUGCUCAAGGUCGACGCCUUUCUGCCGGCCUACGAUGGCAGCAUUGAGCUGCUGCCGCCGCUUUUCAGUCACCGUAAGGUGACGCCGCCUCUCAGUGCCGACCAGGAUGCAAAGCCCAAGCAGACGGAUGAGACUGCCGAAGAGCUGGAGGAGGAGCAGGAGGAGCAGGAGGAGGAGACCACCACUGAUAUAGUGCCAAGUGAAGAGGGGGAGGAGGAGGAGGAGGAGUACACCACAGAGACGGCAAUAACCAUAACAGACGACACAACGGUUGCGGAGGCGUCAAUGGAUACGUCUCCUCCUGCCACCACCAGCACCACCACCAGCACCACCAACACCACCUCCACCUUCAGCUCCAGCCAAACAUCACCACAUCCGCCCGAAGAACCCGAGAUAGAUGAACGUGAAAAUCGCCUGGUCUUGAUAAAAUCGAAAGUGCAACCGGUUCAGCUGACGACAACAACAACAACAACAUCGGCAACAGCAACAGCAACAUCAGCAGCCACAACUGCAGCUGAUUCGAGCUCCACUGACCGGUUUCAUUAUCAGCAUUUUGUCGAAGAUGUUGCUGCUAGCAGCACAACAGCAACACCAGAGCCCAGCAGCAGCAGCAUCAGCAGCAGCAUCAUCAGCAGCAUCAGCAGUAGCAGCACUGCCAGCGAACCGAUCGAGCAGAACGAUAUGCCGGCGAGUGACAAUGACAAUUUAAUGACAAAUACAAUUGGUGGCCAGGGCGAGGAGGAUGAUGCAGGGGUGCGUAAAGCCACCAGCUCCAGUGAAAUGAAUGCCCAACAGGAAUUGCGGCUCAUCAACGAGCUGGUAAAGGGCAAGCAGCGAAAGCCGCAACAUCAGCAACAGCAACUCAGGCCAACCAGCACAGAAGCAACGUCAACUGAGGAGGCAACCUACCCAAAUUGGUCAAAGGUGAUGCCGCAAUUAGGCCGAUACACAAGUGAAGCGGAAACAACCACAGAGACAGCAGCAACAUCGAGCCAGGCUAAUGAGAGCAGCUCGACGGCAGCAGCAGCAGCUGCUGCAGCAGCAAAACAUUUGAGUAUUACAAAUCGUAGCAAUAGAAAUAGUAAAAUAAUUAGAGUAGAACAGUUGGCUGAAGAGCCAGCAGCAACAGCAACAUCAGCAACAUCUCCCAGCAGCAGCAGCAGCAGCAGCAACCCAGAUGGCUACACGCCCUUUUGGUGGCUUCCGAGCAUUGGGUGGCAUGUAGAUCGCCAAGUGGAUCGCAAUGGCGAUGAUCAGUCGCUGUUGCUGCGGUUCUUCAGCACAUUUCGCGGCAGCGACACGCCAGCAGCAGCAGCAGCAGCAACUCGCCGCUAACAGCAGCAUCAGCAGCAAAUCAGAAUCACGGCAGCAACUCCUGGCUCUUGCGAGCGCUUAGAGCCACAGGAUGUCGCUGGAUGUCUCGUGUAGUCUAGUGUAACUUAGUGUCGUGUCAGCAACAGCGUUUCAAUUGCGUGUUGAAGUUUGUUCACAGUUGUCUCACCCUUGCACUCAGCCCUUGUCAGAGUAAAUAUUUAUUGUCUUUUAAUGUUUUAAUCGAAUGCCAAAUUGUAAAUAGCAUAUCUGAGAGAAACACACUACUUAGCAACAACUUUUGCCCAUUGCCCAUUGCCCUUCUCAUUUUUUCUUUUCUAUAUUUUUGCCCUGGCAUUAUAUUAUAUUAUACCUUAUUUUUUGUGUUAUUUAAACUGCUUUCUUUUUUAAGUUGUUGAUUUAAUUUUAGGGGGACCUUUUUUUAUAUUACAAUAGUUUUAUAUGUGCGUGCUGCUGUCGUUGUUGCGAACCUUAGCAAUAUUUAAUUGUGAUUAUUUAGGCUUACGAAUUGAUUGUUAGACUUAGGUAAAUGUAUUUGUAUACCCUGAAUCUUUUGAUUUACAUUUUUUUUUUUAUUUAACUCCAGUCGAACUUGCACAACUCAAAGCCUUUUGGCAAUUUUAAGUAAAAUCAAUGCUAACGCUGAAAGUCUCGAUUUAUGGAAGUUCGACUGUAAUACAAGUAAUAUCACUAUUAUAAUAUUACCUAAUGUAAACCCGAAGCAUUUGUUGUAGCUGUCUCUGUGUAUAUAGUGCAAAGGCCAUUCAAAUCGAAGCAUUUUCAAACGCAUCCACUGAAACAACACGAGUAUAUAUCCUUAUCAUGUAAGUCUAAUAGUUAUGCUAACCACUGUAAACAUAAAUCAAAACUAAAGCCGAAAAUAUAGUGUAAUGCAUGUAUAUAGUUAUAGAAGAGGUGUUUCGAUCCAUUUACUCAACCGAAACGAAACGAAACAAAACGAAUCAGGCAACCAACAUGUUUUGUCAAUUGAAAUUCAACCAACAACCAAAGUUCUGAAGAAAAACGAAUGCGAAAAUGCAAAAAUGCA